AUGUACCACUACCUCGUCCGCCGACAACGUGUAAUCGUCGCUGAGCUUGAGCAGUUCUUGUUGGAUCAUAGUGAAGAGAUGGCCCUCGAUCCGCGCUUCUACCACCAUAUCGGCCAUGGCGUCGGGUCUGGUUCGCAGUCCUCUGCUUCCUUGUCCGGAGCAUCGUCGGUCACAGGCAUCACAACCCCGUCUAUAGGUUCACUUACAGCUUCCUCCGCUACGUUGCGCUCAACCGCAUCGAGUCCGUCGCUACGAGCUAGAGAAGGCGUGCCAGUGUCUGCUAGUCGCGCAGAUGGCAUUGCUAGUCCUUCUCCGGGGGGUAAUGUCCGAGUCGUGGUGCGAGUGCGAAAGUUCCUUCCUAGAGAGAUCGAGCGAAAGGCGCAAUGUCUGAUUACGAUGAAUCCCGAAACUCAGAUGACCAAGCUACGAGCCCCGCAAGCCCACUCGUUUGACGAAAAUAGACCCAAGUCGCAGGCCCGCGGAAAGGUAUUGGAGGAUAAAGCCUUCAUCUUCGACAAUUCAUUCUGGUCGCAUGACGAGGAGGACGACCACUACGCCCACCAGGAGGAUAUCUAUAAUGCUCUCGGCGAGGAUUUUCUCGAUCACAACUUUGAGGGGUAUCAUACAUGCAUUUUCGCAUACGGCCAGACUGGCUCUGGCAAGAGUUAUACAAUGAUGGGUACGACUGAGCAACCAGGUUUGAUUCCGCGGACGUGCGAGGAUCUUUUCCAGCGUAUAGAGAGCGCCCAGUCACCGGAUGUCAGCUUCAACGUUCGCGUCUCCUAUUUUGAAGUCUACAACGAGCAUGUACGCGAUUUGCUGGUGCCACGGACCGAGCCACCCCAUUACCUGCGCAUUCGAGAGUCUCCUUCCGAGGGACCGUACGUGAAAGACUUGACUGAGGUUACGGUACGAAACUACGCCGAGAUCAUGAAAUUCAUGCGUAAAGGAGAUGUGUCUCGGACGGUUGCGAGUACCAAGAUGAACGACACCUCAUCACGGUCGCACGCUGUCUUUACGAUUACGUUGAAACAGAUACAUCAUGAUCUAUCCACAGACGAGACAACAGAGCGCACAGCCCGCAUUCGCCUAGUCGACCUUGCUGGAUCUGAACGAGCCAAGUCCACCGAAGCCACCGGCCAGCGACUGCGCGAAGGAUCCAACAUUAACAAGUCUCUCACGACUCUUGGCCGAGUUAUUGCAGCAUUGGCCGAUCCGAAGGCAGGACGUCCCGGCAAACGAAAGGGAAAGGAAGUUGUGCCCUACCGCGACUCGAUUCUCACCUGGCUGCUGAAAGACAGUCUCGGAGGAAACUCGAAGACAGCCAUGAUUGCCUGCAUCUCGCCAACCGAUUAUGAAGAGACGCUAUCUACUCUGCGCUACGCGGACCAAGCGAAACACAUUCGCACACGUGCGAGAGUCAACCAAGAUCACCUGUCUGCCGCUGAGCGUGACCGACAAAUUGAAGAAAUGGCAGAGACCAUCCGCACACUACAACUCAGUGUCAGUCAAGCGGCACAGAAUCGCAGGGAGAGCGAAAUUCAGAACGAACGGCUGGAGGAGUACCAGCAAAAGGUUGAGAAACUCCAACGGUUAAUGGAGGAGACAAAGAUGGUCAGCGAAUGCAAGAUCAGACAACUGCAGACGGAGAACGAAGCCCUCCGUAAUCAUUUGAAGCUGGCGUUGGAUAGUUUGAAGAACCCCAUCCCGCCAGUCACGAUUGAGAAACGCCAUAGCGACGUCGCUUCUUUGAAUGAACCAGAUGACGACCUGCUGAUGGAGGACAAAGAAAACCGCCCUGGCUCACCCACUAUGGAUGUAGAGUCUGAGCCCGAGUCAAUCUGGGAAGACGACGGCGUAUCGAUCGACGCGAGCCAGCUCGAAGCCCAGGAGAUGCAGGCAAACAUGGAGGAUCUCCUGGUCGAUCUCGAUGUGUUCAAGCGCAAGCUGGCUACCGACCAUGAGCGCUUCAAAAACAGUCGGCAGCGCGAGGGCCGCAAACGACGGCGAGCACUUGGAGAUAUCAUGGGGAAUUAA